GCGCGGCAAAGCCAAUUAUGGCGGAUUUCACUGUUUACCACGGAAGUGGGAAAGGCCCUGAAGAUGUGCCUAACAAGCGAUAUAACCAGUUUCGUGAUACCUGGAAAAUUUUAAGUUCCCGUAUUGAAGUUCAAACAAGAUGUCUUACAACAAACGUCUUUACUGAUGUUUAUAAAUAUAUUGAAGAUUCACAUAAUUCUUGGUUAACUUCUCAUCAUUCUGAAGAGCAAUGCACUCACAACAUUGAUCAAAUCCCUACAGCUGUUUUAUUAGCUGGUGUUAACACCCCCGAUCAUUCAGUCAUUUAUGGUCAUCUUAAAAACCUAGUGCUGGAAAAUCAUGGGCAUGUUGCCAUCAUUAGUCCUGGCGCAAAUGUGACUAGCGUACGCAGUCUAGUCUCCUUAGUAGUGCAACAGUUAUCAAAUGACUCCUGUCAAGGUACUUGGUGUGUAAAAGACAGUGAUGAUGAUCAUGAAGACCUUCCAGGAAUAUCCACAACCUCUUCUUUGAAAAAUUUUACUCCGUCUACGCGUUCUUCAUAUUUGGCUUUAAUAGAAUGGUACUACUCAAGAAUUCAACAGUAUACUGAUACUAAUGUGUCUGGAUCGCCUAAAUUCAAAACACCAGCACCGCCUACAACACCUCGUGGUGGUGGUGGUGGUAGUGGUCGUACACCGCGUAGUCUCAGUCAACCUCGACUACUCUCCAAAUUACAACAGCCGUAUCCUGAUUCACCUAGACCUGGUACACCAAGAGGCGGAGCAGGAAGAGGAAGACGAAGUUCACGAUUCAGUAGUCAUCGGUCUACUUCACAUGAUUUCGAUGAUAUCAAACAAAGCGACAGUGUACCAAGUACUCCAGAUAUGGAAAAUAUUUCUAUGCAGAGGCAAAGACCAUCUCUUAAACCAUUAGUCAUCAUCCUGACAGAGAUUGAAUCUAUUCCUACUCAAGUGUUGUGUGAUUUCAUUGAAUUGACUUCAUUUUAUUUUACUGGGCGAAUAAAAGGUCGUGAAUAUGCUUUGCCGAUAAACUUUGUUUUCGGUUUGUCUACAACACCUGAAAUGGUAUUUGAAUCAAGAAUUAAUGCGUCUACAUUAAGUCGACUGACAAUUCGACGAUUUGCUGUCCCACCACCGUCUGCAUUUAUGGAAGUUGUUAUGAAAGAGGUUAUACACUUCCCUGGUGUACAUCCUACUUAUUCUAUUCUUAGUUACUUGAUUGAUGGCAUAUUUCUUUGCUUAGAUUAUUCGGUAAAGAAUUUUCUACAACGUUUAAAGUUUUGUAUAUUAGAACAUUAUCUAAAGACACCACAUCCUGAAUUAUUGAUACUACCAUUGGAUGGUGUACGUCAAUAUCUUUCUUCAUUGGAUUCUAAAAGUUUGGCACAAAUUGUCUCUAUUGAUUAUCCUUCACUAGCAAAUUCUGUGCUGAACACAGAAGCCAAUAUUGUUGGUACUGCCGAUAGUACUUCUUCAACGUCAACACCUGCCUCACCAUUACCAUCGUCAUCAUCAACUUGUCAAUCUCCAAGUUCCCGCGGACGUAGAUCAUCACAUCAUUCUACCAGUCGCCUAAUUGAUAAAAUUAUCCAACAUUUAGAAACACAUUUAAAACUGCAAUAUUUAGUUCCACGUGUUUUAAAUUGGUUAUUAAUUAUUAUAUCACCGGUAACUGUACGACCAUUGGGGAAAAAUAUGAGUGAUUUAUACCGUUUAUGGUUGAAGAAUGGUUUAACUCAAUCAGAAGAAUACACUAUGACAAUGAAUCUUUUUAAUGGUAUAUCGAAAGAAGCCUUUGUAAAUGCUAUCCAUGAAGCUUAUGCCUACUUGUUGAAUGAGUCGACUUCGUGUUGUUCUACACCUUCUACGUCUACAAGGAACACUUCAUUAUGGUCAUCAGCACUGGCAUCGAUUGAAUCAGAUGGCAAAGCAUGUUUAACUGCUUUAACUCAUGAUACUCUUCAAUGGCAUAAUAAAUUGUCAAUAGCUAGUCAAGAACCAAUGAACAAGCCACAACAACAACAACAACUGCAACAACAGUCCAAUGAAUCUGAAUCAUCCACCCCUCAAUCAACUAAAUCAUUUACUGGUUUCAAUACAACACGUAAAAUAAGCUUACGUAAUUUACGUCAGCACCUUCAAGAAUUUGCCGCUGCAUCGCCUGGUCGUUCCAACGUCGCAACAACACUAACAACAACAAGGACUACAUCGAGUUCAUAUGAUAAUAAAACAGAAUGGGAUAUAACACGUAAAGAAUUUCUUCAGUGGAUUCAAGCAAAACUCAAUGAAUUAAUACCUAUAAUGAAUAAAUUACCAUUACAUGAAGUAUUCUAUGGUCCAUUAUCCUAUGACAGUAGUAGUAGUAGUAGUAGCCCUGCACUCACGAACACUAGUCAUCCAUCAUCAAUUCAUUCACAAUCAUCAUUAUCAUCAGCAGCAUUUAUUCGACGUCGUCUCAAUCCUACCUAUCAACUAUAUUUACAACAAGCACUUAUUAAUCCUGCUAUCUAUUUACAGGUUUUCUUUUUUAUAUUUUAUACAAUCUAUGAUACUUUUGGUGGUGUUGUUACUGCUGCCAUUGUUGAUUAUUUAUGUUAGAGAAACAUUUGAGAGAGAAUACCUGAGGUGUAUUGGACAGCUGUUUUGUCAGUCUAGUUUGAGACUCUUCAUUAGCGCACACCCAAUGUUGGGGGGUGGGUGGGGUGGGGUGGAAGACGGACGUGUUCGAACCCAGUACCUUCCAGGUACAUGAUGAGCGCUAGUAGACCCAUUAAGCUAUAAGCCACUGGGAUCCGUGUCAAAUAAAUGACUUGCAAUGUCCAACUUCUGCCCGCCAAUAUCACGGAUUCUGCUGGUUACAAAUUCUCACUAGAAUUCCUUACUAAUUUGUGUCUAGGUUUCUAGUCGCUAGUGUAAGCAUCAAAUUAAUUGUCAGCUGUUGGUUCUCAGGGAUUUGAUUGGUCACGGGAUUGGGUUCGAACCCCGAUGGCUGUGUACUGAUGAAGUGUCCUAAAGUAGGACGAAACAGUUGCCCAAUUGACGGUUACAUAUAUGUGUUUGUUGUUGAAAUUCCUAAUGUGUUCGUAGAAAUGUAGUCUGAUUGUGGAAAUGUGGUUCAUUGAUGACUGUCUGGCUUAAGUCACACGAUCUUCAGCCGAUGAUGGAUCACAUUGGUUCGGGCUCCGGUCUCCCUACUGCAGCUUGGUUGGAUUGUCUGACUGACUGACUGACUGAGUUCCAACUUAUCGAACUUAGUGAAUAUGGGUGUUCACAUCAAGAGUGAAUUCAUCUGCUCCGCUGACAAUGAUAUAAGGCCUCUUGAAGAACUUAGCCAAGAAACAGUCUACACCGCCUUACAUGUUUGACUCAAACCAACUGUCUAACAUUUUAUGGACUGGAUGCCAUGUAAACUGUGAUAUGUGAUUCACUUCUUCAUUGACACGCAUUUCAUGAAGGAACAAAAGGCCUCUAGCUUUGAACUCUCGACAGCAGUUGUGUAACACAGGGAUAUGAGACAAAAGGAAUAGUAAUAACCAAUAACAAAUAUAGUUUCAUUGGCUAUUAUAAAUCACAAGGAGUGGAUGCAUCUGCGUUAGCCAUUGAGAACGAUUUUGAACCAGCCAUAUCACUGAUUUUCUCGGACCAUUGGUUUUUACUAUCCUUAUGACCCCAACCAGUCAGACAGUCUACACCUCCCUAUGUGGCUAGCUUCAACUAACUGUUGUGGAUUUCAUUGACUGGUGAGGCCAUGUUUUGGUUUGACCGUCACUAGGUAGCUGUUUUCCGGCCUGACCCUAUGUCAGCUAACAUUGCCCUUCGGUCGAGGAAGGCGGUGACUAGGCAUACGUAACACAUGUCCUAACCAUCUCAGUCGAUGUAGCUUCACAGCCUCGUCGAUUGAUUUCCCCUCCCUCAUUACCUAACACUCGACCGACGCCUAAUCUCAAUAUUGCUCACUCUAUUAUACCAUUUAACACGGAAGAUAGAACGCAGACAUCUACACUCAAAGACAGAUAGCUCGCCUUUUCAUGCUUUCCACUUUCAAUGGCUAUGUCUUACUUACAGAGAUAAUGGGAAGACGUAGCAAAACUGCUGCUGAGCAGUACACACGCCCUUUGGUCGACAGCCAGUUGGAUAUCACGUCUAAGCCAGAGAUGGUGUAAACUGGCAUAGGUAUCCGUGGUGAGAUUAUGUCAGCGAUCAACUCGUUGACGUCAGUUAACGCAAUUCUCCCAAUAAGUGAAGUGGUGAACACACAUCGUACCACUUCACUCCUGCCUAUCUCUAAACUAGGAGUCAAUGUGUAGUCAAGUCCCGUAGCAUCAUCUUACAUUUGAUAAAGGGAGCGGAUCGCAUGGCAAACAUUCUGAGACUGCUGCUCCUCAAGGUGUUCAAAAGAACUGACACAUAACUAGUGAAUGCAUUUAACACUUUUUCUUUUGCUUAUUGCUUACAUUAAUUUAACGAUUUGAUUGUUGUAGUGUGUGUGUAUGUGUACACCUUGUUUUCUUUCUUCUAAUAGAUUCCUGAAAUGAAAUUAUCCAUGUCACAGAGUACUUCAUCAAAAUUAUUCGAUUUAUGCAUAUUAUACAAAUUGUUAAUUGAAACAUCAAGAAUGGUCAACUUGUAUGAUUGGUUAAUGGCAUUUGCAACGGUACUAGGUGAAUCAGUUGACUUGGAAAAUCCACCAUCUCAGGAGAUUCAAUGUCGUUUCUUACAAGGAUUAGCAGAAUUACAUUUUCUUGGUUGUAUUAAAUCAACACAUCGAAAAAUUGAUCAUGUGAUGCGGUUACCAUUGAUAUCAAAUAUAAUUGAAGCAUAAUUUGAAAAGACGUCCUCGUCGUACUUGGUCUCGUUCGCACACACACACACACAUUGUCACCGAAAGAUGUUUACUUUUUAACCUUCAAUGACAAUGUUUUUUAUGCCUAUAUGCACUCAUUGACAUACUUACACUCGCCUUUAUUUGGCCUCUUCAGACUACGUAAUGCUACCUAUAUAAAGUCAUUCUGGUAAUUCCGAAAUUAGAUUUUUUUUUAUGUAUGUGAAAUGAACUGAGAUAUUUAUUUGUCUUUAUGUUUAUGUGAUUCUUGCAUACAUAUGUCUGUGUAUUUUUAUAUGAUAUAUUGUAUACAAAUCAAUAGUGUGA